CUCUCACAAGGCUGUAAAUCCCUCACAGCCCGAUGCUAAACCAUCUGUACACACGCGGAGAAACGUCUUCUACCCGAGUCCCGGCCACGUCCUGUGACUCUAUUGCUGUCUCAUCCGGGCUGCUCUGAGAUUCCUCUCACUUUAGUAGCCUUUAGUCAUGCUGCCGACAUUCUACCAACAACAGCUUGACUGUGUCUCUUAUCAAUCGCUGGAAAGCCGGGCUAGCCCCGGCACAUCGGCACCAAGCUCUAAUGAGCCCUGUUCCCAGUCUUGUCUACUUGAAGUAUACAUGAUUGCCUUUCUGGACUGUGUUCUCUACUGUUGGCGGGCGCCCUUGUCCAUCUCUUCCCUUUCUGCCUUAUGUUUGCCAAGUCACGAUCGCGAAGCAUGGAUUCUAAUAUAGGACGCAUUCAGGGCUGAGAUCGCGCAUGUCAAGUCUGGACGGAAGCAAUCUCGGGCACAAUGUUGCGCAAUAAAACCUGUCCGCCGCCCGUUCUCACUACAUACUCUUUGUUAUAUAUUUUGUUCGCGGGUUUCUCACCCUCUGGAUUGUCUGGGCGGGGCCAACUCGCCGGAGGGCCUGAGCGGGCUGUGCACAAUAUCUUUGAUGCCCAGAUUGAUGUAGCAGAAGCGUUGGUUACGGAUUUUCCUUGCUCUUCUUCUCUUUCCCUCCACCACCUUGAGCUGCUAGGUUGAUCCUAGUACUCCUCUCGCUUCCCUUCCCAUGGCCUACAGGCAACACGACGGUCCUUAUUACUCUCAGCCGCAGAAUACCCACCAACAGAAUCAGUACUACGAUUCGCCUCAACAGCAAUACCAGCAACCGGCCGGGCAUUACCAGCAGCCGUACCAGCAGCCGCAGCGUCAAGAGACCCAAUAUGACCAAGGAUACCAGCACUCACAGUCGGGAUACAAGUCCGAAGGCUAUUAUGACAACCAGUCCACUGGACACGAACAGGCCUGGGAUGGGAAAUCGUAUCAGGACAGCUACGCGGGAUCCCAAACGCAUUUGAACCCGUCUGGAUGGGACAGCCAGGCUACCAUUCCGCCCGUGCCUAACGUGCCAUACGGAUUCGGUCCCAACUACCCGCCACAGCGCAAUGGCUCUGGCUACAGCGUGGUUCAAGAGAAGAUGAUGAAACGGCGGUCCGUCCGCAAGGUCGAACUUGUUCAGGGGAAUCUCGUCCUGGAUAUGCCUGUGCCAACGCACAUUGUGUCCUCCAGUCGAGCGAAUGAGGAUGAAUUCUCAAAGAUGAGAUAUACUGCUGCAACUUGCGAUCCUGACGACUUCGCACGUUCGAAGUACUCGUUGCGGCCCUUCCUGUACGGGCGCCAGACCGAGCUGUUCAUCGUCAUGACCAUGUAUAACGAAGAUGAGAUCCUGUUCACAAAGACGAUGAACGCGGUCAUCAAGAAUAUCGCGCAUCUUUGCAGUCGCGACCGCUCCAAAAUGUGGGGUCCCGAAGGCUGGAAGAAAGUCGUUGUCAACAAGCGGACCCUCCAAGUUCUCAGUCUGAUGGGCGUCUACCAAGAUGGAAUCGCCAAGGACACUGUUGGCGGGAAGGACGUUACUGCACACAUUUUCGAGUACACCUCCACUGUGAUUGCGACCGCUGCUGGAGAGGUAUCUCAAGGCACCUGUCCUGUGCAGAUCAUCUUCUGCUUGAAAGAACAGAACAAGAAGAAACUCAACAGUCACCGUUGGUUCUUCAACGCCUUUGGUCCUCUCAUCAAACCGAAUGUUUGCAUUCUGCUCGAUGUCGGAACCAAACCCACGGGAACGUCGAUUUACGAGCUGUGGAAGUGCUUCGAUAAGCAUUCCAAUGUUGGUGGUGCCUGCGGGGAGAUCUGCGUUGACACAGGUCGCGGCUGCUCUCUGCUCUUGACUUCCCCUCUCGCUGCCUCGCAGAACUUUGAAUACAAGAUGUCGAAUAUCCUCGACAAGCCUCUAGAGAGUGUAUUCGGAUAUAUCAGUGUUCUUCCCGGUGCCUUCAGUGCUUACCGAUAUCGUGCUCUCCAGAACGGGCCCGAUGGAAAAGGACCUCUCGCCUCGUAUUUCAAGGGUGAAACCAUGCACGGUGGGGGAGUCAAUGGUGCUGGACUUUUUGGUAUAGGUGAAACAGACAUCAUGGUUAUCUUCCCAGCUGACCGAUCUCUUCAGCGUAACAUGUAUCUUGCUGAGGAUCGUAUCCUGUGUUUUGAAAUUGUCACCAAGAAACGCGAGGGAUGGAUCCUCAAAUACGUCAAGAGCGCCAAAGCAGCAACGGAUGUGCCAACAUCCGUUGACGAAUUCAUCUCUCAGCGACGUCGUUGGCUCAAUGGUUCGCUCUUCGCCUCUAUUCACGCCACUGUGUUCUGGUUCCGCAUCUGGACAUCUGGCCAGAACUUUUUCCGGAAAAUCGUGCUGCAACUCGAGUUCAUAUACAAUGCGGUGCAGCUGCUCUUCACCUGGACCUCGCUCGCCAACUUCUACCUCGCAUUCUUCUUCCUCGUGAGCUCAGCGACUGCGAAUGCCAACACCGAUGCGUUCAACUUCCUGAGCGUUGGCGCUGGCAAAGAUGUGUUCGAGGUGUUCUUGAAGCUUUACAUCGCUCUACUGUUCGUCAUCGUGGUCUGCUCCUUGGGCAACCGGCCACAAGGAUCCAAAUUCACAUACAUCGCUGCCAUCAUUCUCUUUGGGUUGUGCAAUGUCAUCACACUAUGGUGUGCGGCAUACACAGUGUACCUUUCCGUCUCAAAGGUCACACUCACCGAGUGGAAGCACUUUGGAACCCUUUUGUCCACCAACACUACGUUCCGGGACAUCGUCAUCUCGUUGAUGGCUACUUACGGGCUGUACUUCAUCGGCUCCUUCAUGCAUCUGGAGCCUUGGCACAUGUUCACCAGCUUCAUCCAGUAUAUGUUCUUCCUCCCUUCUUAUGUCAACAUUCUUAUGAUGUACGCGAUGUGCAAUCUGCACGAUGUCACAUGGGGUACGAAGGGAGACAAUGGCGCCCAAAAGGAUCUCGGCGGGGCCAACAAAGUGAAGGACGCCGACGGGAAGGAGAUGAUGGAGGUCGAGUUGCUCACUCAGCGGGAAGAUGUUGACCAGCUCUGGAAUGCCUCGCGCAGCGCGUUGAGAGUUCCGCCUCCCCAAGUCAAGGAGCACCGCGAUGCUGCCACAAAGCAGACGGACCACGACCGGAACAGCCGGACCAAUGUCGUCCUCGCCUGGGUCGGGACGAACAUGCUUAUGAUUGUCGUGUUCACGUCCGCAGCCUUCACCAACUUCGUUGCCAAGCAUGUGACGACUACCGGAAACUCUCAAUUCAACCCAUACCUCCAGUUUUUGUUCUUCGCCCUAGCUGGUCUAUCGGCGGUGCGCUUCACUGGAUCGUUCUUGUAUCUUGUUUUCAGACUCUUCGGAUUCUAAACGUUGUCUAAUCAGCAUCCGUGGGUUAGGGCCGGACACAGCGGCGGAGAUAGGAGUAAGCAUAUGUCAGUGCAGUACCUAAUGAUGGCGCCUGGGAAGUCGCGAACUACGCAACGUAGCUCACGGGACAGACAGAACAAUAAGACGGGAAAUCAGGUUGCAUUUCUUGCAUAAUACAAGGAAAGUGGUACGAGCGAGAAGAACAAGAGAACCACGGCGAGAACCCACGAGUAGACAACUGCAUCCGCAGCUUCAUUCUUCCCGUACCCAACGGAUGCACGGCAUCCAUUCUCGACGCCUGAGAAAGACGCGGGUUAGCACGGUGACUAGACAAUAGACGCGAAGCAGGGCAAGGGGAAAGAGCGGGUUUGUAUCAGAGAACCGAAAGCGUCAUAAGCAGCUCGACAGACCGAGGUCCGGAGGCUUUCAGACGGCACUUCCUAAAAUCGGAUGAUAUCGUCAUGUGGAAUAUGGAAGGAGAGCAGGGCGGUAGGUUGGACCAGAGGAGAACAAGACAUACCUAUUUCGAGAACAAGGCGAAUAUUGCAUUCGACAUGGUGGACGAAGGACAAGAGGGUGACUUGUGACAGUGAAAAUUUAAUCCCGGUCACACUUCAUCGAUCUAGUUCCGGAUUGAGAAUCUGGGUGACUACUUCCAGAUUUCAGGAAGCCAAUCGUGCCGGAAAAUGAGGACUCAAGCUAUAUUUCCGAAUGUAUAUUGGCCGCACUCAUGCAGUGAUAGUCAGGUCUUCCAUGCACAGCGCGUUCCCGUCCCGAAUCUCGAAUCGCUGAUCGACGGGUAUAUCGAUAACGGGAGGGGGAUCCAUCAAAGAUCCCAAGAUCCCGUGGAAUCUUAAAGUCGCGUUUGGGUGUUCAGUGAUCUCACAGGGUCGCUGCGGGAAAGGCGCCCAUGAGGCCACAAAGAGCGAUAUGGAUGACAGAUGGGCGAUUGUAUUUGGUGUUCGGGGUAAUCAAAGGUCUAGACGAUAGCAAACAGACAAUGGAAGCGUUUAACGGCCUCGGAGGAUAAUGAGAAAUGACGGAAGGACAAGGAAGAAUACAUAAUUUGUGGACGGUGUAAUUGUAGUGGUGUACAAACAAGGCACACUUGUCUCGGAGAACAGCCGCCAGAGCGGACACGGACGGUAGCCGGACGAAGUACUAGGCAGUCAUUGUUUCUUGUUUUCUACCUCUUCCUUCACGAACUCUCGACGACCGCUACGCCCCACACGCUUCUUUCCCCCAGCAUUCCUAUCACCAUCCCCCUCUACGGCAAAUUCACUUGAAUCAUGGAACACGAAGGCAAUUAUGGGUUUUAUCCGCAGGCUGAGCCAGAGGGUUAUAUGGGCUACCAGUCUGUACAAAUGGGAGGGCAACUGGACUUGCAAUCGCCCCAUCCUAUACAGACGCAGUACCACGGCCUCAUUGCGCAUCACCAUCAAUAUCAGGUCCCAGGCUCAGGAUAUCCUCCUUCUCCAAGCCCUCCUCAUGGUGGCCUAAGUAUCCCGGCUUCACCUCCUCCUCCUUCACCUGACAUGUACGAUCCCCUGUCCCCUCCACUCUCUGGCUCAGAUACAUCCGACGGGCUCUAUCACGGAUCGAAUUCGAGCGGCGCUAACUCCCCAUCGUCGAGCCGCGCCAACAGCCUCGUCCACCGUCACGUCCGUUACGAUCCUACGCCAUCACCCACCAGCUCAGUUGGUCGCCGCCGCCGCGGACGUUCCCAAGACUCUGACGACGACGAGCUGGCGCUCGUGUAUUCCACGGAAAAUCUGGCUCAUAAUCGGAAGGAGGCGACGCGUCGCCAGCGCAUCGAAGCCGAACAGCGCCGGCGCGACGAGCUGCGCGAUGGCUAUGCUAAACUGAAGGACGUUCUUCCCUUGUCCAAUCAGAAGAGCAGCAAAGUGUCUCUUCUAGAUCGAGCGACAUCGCACAUCAGCUUGCUUGAAGGGGAGAAUCAGGCCCUUCAGGAUCGUGUCGCGUCCCUCGAGCAGGAGAUCCAUCGUCUGCAGACAUUGAACGAGAAGCUCGCUGGUGCUGGGACGUCACUCGAGCCGGCCUCGCCGGGAAUGUACGACGGACGUCCGUUGUCUCCCCCUCCCGAGGCACCGAACGCACGAACUCAUUCCGCCGCGAGCUUUGCCGAUGCAUCCGGAGUAGUUGAUCCCUCCGAAGAGGCUCACCAGACCACCACUCCAUCCCCGUCUGAUGGAGGGUUCUGAAGGAGCUCUGGCUCUGUUUGUCCCGCGUCCGCUCCAUUUCCGUCCGUGUCUUUUUUGCUUGCUACGUCUCAGACAUUUCUCUUGCACCACCAUAUCCCACGCUGCACAUUUAUCAUCAUCACACACCGCAUUUCAAUUCCUUAUCAUCCAAGACCGUGUCACGAGCCCCGGAAUCACGCCCAACAAAGAAGUCGACGCCAGCCAUCCGAUCGUGCUAUGCGCUUGCCGCGUGGCCCGUGCGAAAUCCGAUGCAUCGUCGCACGCUGCCUCGUGUCUGAUCUCGUUGAUCGAGGAUCGAGACAUCGAUGCUGCCAGGUGUCUGCCAGCCUCUGUGAGGCUUCGCUCGCGUUUGGCUCGCUCCUGCCAUUUUGUGUUGGUGAUGGGAUUGGAUUGCGCUUUCUUGGUUGCGCCACGAAACGGCUGGCCUGUGCUGCGAUCGGAUACAGCAGGAAUCCAUGCACCCGAAGAAUGUCUCCUGUGCUCGGUCUCGAUCGCACACAACAUACAGCGGGACUGUGUACAUACCACGUGGUCGCUGGAUAAGCUCUUCGACGGCUGCCGAUGAGAUCACGACAACCCUUACGCUCGCUUUUCCCUCCAGUCAGGGAAAGGAGGCUACGACUUGGCCGGCACCGGACUAACUCAUUCUUCUCAUCUUCUCGACGGCUGUGCUGUCGAUGAGGGAUUGGUCGAUGAGCUGUGUCCUCUGCUCGGUCCCUUUCACGAUUCUUGACGAAUGAUCCAUUGCCACACAAAUGUACCACCCGGCAUGUACUACUAGAUGUAGACUCGCGCAUGUAUGAUCGAUACCUCAGCGUUCUGUCUGAAAAUGUCUGUUUUUUUUUACAACCAGAUCUCUCCGAUGAACUAGGACAUUGCAGCGGAUGCCAGGAGAGUUCCAUCCGCC